AUGUCUUCGUCGCUGCCCACCCCAUCGCUUCCACUGCCGACCGUCACCACUGCGCCGCUGCCCUCCCCGUCCGCGCCGCUGGUCGCAUCCUCCGGCGCCGCCACCGCCCAGAUGCUGGCGCCCUCCACAGCACCACCGCCCGCCGUCUACACCCCGGAGGAGAUCACAGGGGUCCUCAACGACCUCGUCACAGCCGUCCAGGGGAUCUGGCUGUACCUGGCCAGCCCCUACGGGCCGCCGCCGCCCCUGCUGCUGACCGCCACCGCCGGGCCGCCGGCCCUGUCGUGGUACUCGCUGCAUCCAAGGGCCUUCGCGGCAUUCGCUGGGACGCUGCCGCCCCAGCUGCAGCUGCCGCCCGCCGCCGCCCCGCAGUGGCCGAAGUGGCCGGCGUCGGCUCCCGCCGCGCCUCCAGCGCCCAUCGCCGCCCCCGCGCCGCCGUGGCUGCCGCCGCACCAGGCGGCCUUCGCCGCACUCGCCGGGCCACUACAGCAGCCACUGCAGCUGCCAUCCAUCGCCACCACCGCCCAGCCCUGGCUGCAGUGGCAGCCGCUGCUCCCCUGGCGGCCUCCGUCGCGCCCGGCGCUCCGCCGCAGCAGCCGCUGCCCGGUGCGCCACCGCCGCAGCCGCUGCAGCUGCAGCAGCCACCGCCAGUCAGCUCCGGCCCCCAUCGACCGCGCCGGCGGGAGUCCCGCUCCACCAAGUCCAGUCCCCGCCGUCGCUGUCACUGCUUCCGUCUUGGAUCGCUACCCGCCACGUGUCGGCGGCGGUGAGGCUGCAGGCUACUGCGCGCAGCCUCCUAGCGUGUCGGACCUCGAUCUCAUCCACUGCGCCGGGGAUCUUGGGCAUGCGGUUUCCCCCACGGGCAGCGGGCAUGCUGUUUUCCCCGCGGGCAGAGACCUCAAAGUCUGCGACAUUGGCGGUUGGGGGGCGCACCCCUCCUCGUCAUUCUCCAUCGCAAGCCCUCCACUCUUCCCUGUGCGGUGUAGACCAACAGCCGUCCGGCAGGAAGAAGGCAUGGUGUCACCAACAGCAGCGCACCACGUAGCACCACUGCAUUCCGUCACCGGCUGCCGCGAGGGCGCCUCUGCUGGUCACUCUUGCGACCAGUUCCAGGUGGUCCUACACAUGCACUCAUUUUGUCCAGAUGGUGUCCAUGGGAUCCAGGUGGAUGUACACGUGCAUGUCUGA